GAUAUAUUGAAUGCACUAUUCCCGCUUGUGUGCUCGGUUGCCGAGCAGACUGUUGCUUCGAAUGUAUCAAUGCGUAAUCAGAGUGAAGCGUUUCGCUGCUUCCACGUUGCUGCGACGCGUUUUGCCGACAAAAUUGUAUAUUAUUUGUUGCACAAAAUGCAGAGUGUGCAGGAUAGUUUCAAAUUGGGCGCUAUCAAUGUACUCAGGCAUCUGCUCAAUUCAGCAGGGCCAUAUAUCGACGACAAACGAUCGCUGGUGAUUCUUGGCUUGAAGCCGAUGUUGCAAGCUGGUAGUGAGGGUACUCUGAGCAUUCGGGUGAAAAAAGCUAUGUGCCAGCUAUGCGUUGCGCUAGCAGAUCAUGAGUAUGUUGACGUAGAAGGUGGCGACAAUGUUAUCACAUUUUUGGUGAAAAAUCUCGUUGCACACGAUCCGGAAUCGGUAAUCAUUUAA